AUGAUUGGUUAUUCGUCAUCAUCAUCUUCAGAAGUUCUAUUCAAACGUUUUCGUCUAUGGAAACGACAAUACCUCCAUGUUGUGAUCUACACAUCUCUGUUCUGGAUAUGUCUUGAUGUAUUUUUUAUAAUGUUAUUUUCUGAUUGUACAAAAGAAAUUCUUAUUCCAUGUUCAUCCUCUUCUCCAAUGGAACUUGUGAAUCAUCCUGUGAAACAUAUUGGAGAGGAUGACAUUCGACAUCCGAAAUUCGCGGGUGUUCAAGCUUCACAACGAAAUCAAACGAUAUCCGAACGAAUGAAUGUAAUAAAUAGGAAGAAAAAGAAACAAUCGAAGAAUUCAGGAGGAUUUAUCCAAAAAUGGUUUGGCGCUGGUUCAGGGACAAAUCCAUCGCAUUGGCCUGGUGAAGGUGGUCGUUCUGUAUCUAUUCCUGAGAAUUUGAAACAAGAAGCGAAAAAGCGUUUCCCAGAAAAUCAGUUUAAUAUUAUUGCAUCUGAUCUUAUGGCACUGAAUCGAUCGAUUAACGAUCAGCGAUCGUCAAGGUGUCGUUCGCAUGAAUUUCCAUCGGAUUUGCCAACAACAUCGAUUGUAAUUGUGUUUCAUAAUGAAGGAAAUUCUACAUUAUUACGAACAUUGACAAGUAUUGUCAUGCGAAGUCCAAUAGAAUAUAUUCACGAGAUCAUCAUGGUCGAUGAUGCAAGUGUUGAUCGAGAAUAUCUCAAAGAUACAUUGGAGACUUUUGUCAAAGAAUUACCAGUUCGAGUGGAAAUUAUACGAAAUACUCAACGAUUAGGUUUGAUGAAGUCUCGAUUGAAGGGCGCGGAAAAGGCUACGGGUGACACAUUAACAUUUCUUGAUGCACAUAUCGAAUGUUCACCUGGUUGGUUGGAAUACUUGUUAUAUGAAGUGAAAAAGGAUAGAACGGCGGUCGUCUGUCCGAUCAUUGAUGUGAUUAAUGAUGAUGAUUUUGCUUAUUUAACUGGUAGUGAUAUGACUUGGGGUGGAUUCAAUUGGAGAUUGAACUUUCGAUGGUAUCCAGUACCAAAUCGAGAAGAAAUCCGUCGAAACUACGAUCAUUCCUUACCACUUCUUUCUCCAACCAUGGCUGGCGGAUUGUUUACCAUCAAUCGCGAAUAUUUCUAUGAAAUCGGCGCUUAUGAUCCCGGAAUGGAAGUGUGGGGUGGUGAAAAUCUUGAAAUGUCAUUCCGUGUUUGGCAAUGUGGAGGCAAAGUUCUCAUUCAUCCAUGUAGUCAUGUUGGGCACGUUUUUCGCAAGCAAACACCCUACACAUUUCCUGGUGGUACCGGAAAGGUUAUUUUUCACAAUAAUAAGCGUCUGGUUGAAGUUUGGCUGGAUAAAUAUAAGGAUUUUGUCUAUGCAAUUAUGCCUGAAUUGAAAAAUGUUGAUGCAGGCGAUGUAUCCGAACGUCUUGAACUCCGUAAACGUCUUCAAUGCAAAGAUUUCCGUUGGUAUCUACAAAACAUCUAUCCCGAAAGUUCAAUGCCGGUGGAUUUUCAUCAUGUUGGAGCUUUGAGAAAUCAAGAUCAUGGUUGUGCGGAUUCUCUCGGUUACGACAGUGAGAAUGGUAUCAAUCAAAAUGCUGGAAUCUUUCCUUGUCACAAUCAAGGUGGUAAUCAACUUGUGGUCUUUUCCAAAAGUGGUGAAUUGAGAUUCGAUGAUCUCUGUAUGGAAGGUAGUAAAAAUAGUGCUGUUAAAUUACAAAAAUGUACCGAAGGCAAUCAAAAACAAGUGUGGGAAUACAAUAAAGAAUCAAAGCAAAUGAAACAUGUCUAUUCCGGUCAAUGUCUUACUGUCGAGCCAACCAAAGAUGAUGGAAAACUGCGUCUUUCAUCUUGUGCUGAUGGAGGACAUCAAGCGAAUCAACAAUGGCAUUUAGAACAAUCUAUGCUAACUUAG